UCACAGUGGUGGGUGUAUCUUUUGAAAAACCACCAAGUAAUUAUGAAUACCACAAAAAGACCUCGGAACGGAGAGCGGCAUGACGAUAACAAGCGCAUGAAGACUGGCAAGAGACACGUGGCUGUCCUGAUUCUGGCGCGUGGAGGGAGCAAAGCGAUUCCUCUAAAGAACAUUAAACCAUUAGCCGGAACCCCCCUCAUUGGAUGGGUGCUGAGGGCUGCUUUGGACUCCAAAAUGUUUGACAGUGUGUGGAUAUCGACAGACCAUGAUGAUAUCGAGAAGGUGGCAAAAUCCUGUGGCGCUGAGGUGCACCGAAGGAGUCCUGAAGUGUCCAAAGACUCUUCUACAUCACUUGAAACUAUCCAAGAGUUUCUCAGGACCCACACAGAGGUGGAUGUGGUGUGCAACAUUCAGGCUACGUCCCCGUGUCUCCAUCCGUUCCAUGUGAAAGAGGCCCUGAAGAUGAUCACGGUGCAGGGCUUUGACUCGGUCUUCUCGGUUGUCAGGAGACACCAGUUCCGCUGGCAGGAGGUCAAGAAAGACUCUCAUGAGGUUACCAAGCCGUUAAAUCUGAACCCAUCCAAACGGCCGCGGCGUCAGGACUGGGAUGGAGAGCUGUGUGAGAACGGCUCUUUUUACUUCACCACUAGAGACCUCGUACUGAACGAGGGACUUUUGCAGGGUGGUAAGGUAGCUUACUACGAGAUGGAGCCAGAGUUCAGUGUGGACAUAGAUGUGGACAUCGACUGGCCUGUGGCAGAACAGAGGGUUCGCAGGUAUGGUUACUUUGGACAGAACACACUAGUUCGUCUGAUGUUCUGUAAGGUUUCCGGAUGUUUAACAAAUGGAAGGGAAUCCGGAGAAGAGGAGGACUCUAUUAGCAGCAGAGACAUCGCAGGCAUCUGCAUGCUUCUGAAAGAAAACGUGGAGGUCGUACUGCUGACCUCCAGCACGGACCCAGUGGCCCAGUCAGUGGCUAAGAAAGUGAGUGAGACGACGGACUGCAGUGUCAUACAGGUGGGAGAGGAUCCACUGAAAGAUUUGGAGCGAGAGGUGGAGAAGAGGGAGUUCAAAUGGGAGGAAGUGGCGUACAUGGAUAACAACAAACCAGAUGUCAACUGUCUGAAGAAGGCGGGUGUGAGUGCAGUACCUGGAGAUGCUCUGGACGUAACCCUUGGAGCUGCAAGGUACAUCUGCAGCAGUGUCCCGGGAAUGGGAGCUGUGGGGGAGUUUGCCGAACGCAUUCUGCUGCAAAAUCGAAGUGCAAAGCCAGCAGCAGUUGAAGCAGGAUUGCAGUGACAGCCCCAUGACAUGUAAAGGUUUUAGUUUAUUCGUUUCCUUAUGGGGGGGGGGAUUCAUGUCCCAAUAAUGAUUUUAGGUGUGUGUGUGCGCUAUUUAUUGAUGUAAUUCUGUAUGAUUAUUUCCAUAAAUUUUGGGGUGUGGUUGAUUUUGUUGAAUUGUCUAUCCUGAAGUACCAACUGAUUUUGUUGUGUGAAGAAUUAUCAACAAAGUAGUGAAGAAGACUACGUUCAGACUGCAGGCCUUAAUGCUCAAUUCCGAUUUUUUUUCCCAGUUUCCAUUUUUGUUUUUUUGUUCGACUGUUCAUAUUGUGGUUUAAAUGUGGCCCACCUCAGACUCCCGUGUGAACUGGCCUUGGGGCCUAGAUCUGCCAACUAAUGCCUAUUGUUAGCAGAAAACAAAACACCCGACAUUUCCUUAGACCUGUAGACCAGUACAGACCUCAGCUGCCCUGCCAAUCUCUCACUCUCUCAAAAUAUCUUCCAAAAUCCAAUAUACCUGUAAAAUAGCACUAUGACAUUGACACAUAUGACACUAUUUAGUUUUCACUGACAACACUAUUGUAUGGGGACUGAUAUUGUUUUGAAAAAGCCUACUAUAGAGAGAAUGAUUAUUUUAAGCAAUAAAUACACAUUGUUUGUAUUAUUCUAUUGUAUUUAUGAAUAUCCUCUCUUCUCGUAAAAGUAAAUACAUUUCAUAAUUAUUUUUCUAGCUUCAGACCCCCUAAAAUAGGCCUAAGGACAUCUAUGAUUGUAACACACAUAUGAGAAUAUCUGUGCUUUUGCUUUUUGAAAAGCAAAACUUUCUUGUGCAUGUGCAGCAUCACCAUCAUCCCACGCCUGACCCCGUUUCACACAAAACUUAAAAUAAAAUAAUUUUAUCAAGG